CUGCGCAGGUGCUCUCCCGGCUUCCGGGAGGUACCGGCGCGAUGGGACAGAAGGCCAGUGUCGCUGAAUAGCGGCGGCGUAGGGGCGUGCUGGCCACCGGUCCGGCCCGAGGGCUCAAGUCUCGGGUCUCUGGAGCGGCCAGGGAGCGCGAAGAGAACCUAAGGUCGCUGCCCGCCGCCACCACCAGGCAUGUCAGCCGAGGCCUCGGGCCCGGCGGCAGCCGAGGCACCGUCCCUGGAGGUCGCUAAGCCCUCGGGUCUCGAGCCUGGCUCCGUCGCCUACGGUCUCAAGCCACUGACCACGAACAGCAAGUACGUGAAGCUGAACGUGGGCGGCUCGUUGCACUACACCACGCUGCGCACCCUCACCGGACAGGACUCCAGGCUCAAGGCCAUGUUCAGCGGCCGCGCGGAGGUGCUCACUGACGCCGGAGGUUGGGUGCUAAUUGACCGGAGCGGCCGCCAUUUUGGUACAAUUCUCAACUACCUGCGGGACGGGUCUGUGCCUCUGCCUGAGAGCACCAGAGAGCUGGGGGAGCUGCUGGGAGAAGCCCGCUACUACCUGGUGCAGGGACUGAUUGAGGACUGCCAACUGGCACUGCAGCAAAAAAGGGAGAACGUGUCCCCGCUGUGCCUCAUCCCCACGGUGACAUCUCCCCGGGAGGAGCAGCAGCUCCUGGCUAGCACCUCCAAGCCCGUGGUGAAGCUCCUGCACAACCGCAGUAACAACAAGUACUCCUACACCAGCACUUCAGAUGACAACCUACUUAAGAACAUCGAGCUGUUUGACAAACUGGCCCUGCGCUUCCACGGGCGGCUGCUUUUCCUCAAGGAUGUUCUGGGGGACGAGAUCUGCUGCUGGUCUUUCUACGGGCAGGGCCGCAAAAUCGCCGAGGUGUGCUGCACCUCCAUUGUCUAUGCCACGGAGAAGAAGCAGACCAAGGUGGAAUUCCCAGAGGCCCGGAUCUUUGAGGAGACCCUGAACAUCCUGAUCUACGAGACUCCCCGAGGCCCAGACCCAGCCCUUCUGGAGGCCACAGGGGGUGCAGCUGGAGGUGGUGGGGCUGGCCGAGGGGAGGAUGAGGAGAACAGAGAGCACCGUGUCCGCAGGAUCCACGUCCGGCGCCACAUCACCCACGAUGAGCGUCCUCAUGGCCAACAGAUUGUCUUCAAGGACUGAGUUUUGCCCUGAAUUUUCCUCUAGCCACUGGGACUUGAGUCCCUCUCUCUUUUCCUCCUCCCCUUCCCAGAUCUUUGCCCCGGCUUUGCUGGCCAAGUCGUGGGUCUCCCUUCCAUCCCUUCAUCACAUGGUACAGUUCACUUUGGCCCUUUUCCAUCCAUUCCCACCUCAUUGCUAACCACACGGUACAUUCCAGCCCCUCCCCUCAGAAGCCUUCCGAAGGCCUACGUUUGUUCCUUCAUCCCCAUCCUUGUCCUGCCCUCUCCCCUCACCAGCUGGUUUAGAAGGAUUUAGAAUUCCCUUUCUCUUUUUUUAGUACAUCGUACACGCCAAAGUGUCAAGCCAGCCCGUAAUAACACCCACCGCGUUCUGAGCCGCCUCCUCACCGUUGUGCAGGGUUGUUCGCUCCCUCCUCCUCCCCGCCACCCUCCCUACUUCCUUAAUAUUAGGCUGGCCUGGGCCUGCACCAGCUCAGCGUCUUCCCAAUUUGUUUCAUAUUAUUUAUUAUUUUAAUUUUCUAUUAAAUUAUUGGAAUAAAGUCAAGUUGAG